AGCUGCUCCUGCAUGGAGGUCAGACGUCUUUCUGUACUGAGAGUGAUCACAGCUGCACAGAACCCCACUCAUUUUAUUCAGGACAUAAGGGAAGUAAGAAAGAACUCGAGAACAGAACCAAUCACAGAUGGAGCUUCUGACAACCGCCCUCGUCAUCGUCCUUCUUACAACAGCAUCCGCUAAGCCGUUUGGUCGGCGUCGGCAUUAUGAUGCUGACAUCACUGAGAACGACCGGUUACAGGGAUUGUCAGGCAGGAAUUACUGGUUGUAUCAGUCUUCAAGCCCUGAAGACUCUUCUUCAGAUUCGGAUCAGUCACUAGAUUCACGGGAAUCUAGUCAAUCUUCAGAAAGUCAGUCCUCAGAAAGUCACUCUUCAGAAAGUCAGUCUUCGGAGGAGUCCUCCUCUGAGGAAGUUCUAAUCACCGAUCAGACAACACCGGUCGUGACCACCACUACCAAGACAACCAUCACCACAGGAGAAGGGAGUGCACUCACCACUGAACCAGAAACAAUGGGCACAGAUAAGCCAACUGUAACACCCCCACCAGCAACAACGACCACACCUGUUGCCACUUCCCCCGGCAAUGUGACUCACUGUGUUACUGUGGAGAUUCCAACAGCAGCUCCCAUCACAGAAAACAGAGGAGACAACUAAGCAACUGAAAUUCCUGUUAACCGACAAACAACAACUAACCACAUUCCUAUUAAAAAUGUCAUUUUCAGCACAUUUUGAGUCUAGAAUUAUACUUCAGUUAUCAAUUCAAGAAACAAAAAGGUUAACACAUAAGGACAGGUUUUCAGUAAGUGAUUGAAAUUAGAAGGUAAGCUAGAUUAGCUAGCUAACUGUAUCACUAACCCACCAAGAGGACUUCAGGGAAACUAAAGUAAGGGUCAUUACAUCAUAACACCUACGUUCUAAUGCUAUUUAGCGCCAGACUUUGGUGGAAGUCUUAUUGAAACUUAUGGCAGAUGCAUGAAGAAGCACACUAAAACCCAGCAUAUAUACAUCAUAUAACAUUUGGAGAAGACGCUAACUUUGCCAAGAGCUUUCAAGUGUGGCACCAUUAUGCACGGUGACGUAAUGACCCUUCCUUCUUUCUUGGAUGAGUUGUAGCAAAAUGCAUUUAAGAUGCACUUCAUUUAAUGACCACUAGAUGCUUGAUCCAAAAAUACUAUAUUGAAGUAAAGUUUUGUAAAUAGUUUUUCUGAUGCGCAUCUUUGUGGCAAGUUACUUUUCCAUCAAUAACAUAUUAUGGCUGAAAUGAAGGAGAGUUUGGGUAAAUGCUUGAUUUAGCUUGCGUGUUUCUCAGCCUAUUGCAGUCAGCAGCAGAGGUUGUCCCUUACACAUCACAUAUCUUCUCCACCAAUUCCAAAUGUUAAUGUUCCAGUGACUCCAGUAACUGACAAAGAUGGCUAUAGAAAGACUGUGGCUCCACCCAUUUAGUUUCAACUCAACCAAUCAAGGAGCUCCACGUGGCCCCAACCCUAGAAAUCCAUGCAAUUCUUGGUUUCGUUUGACAAGCAGCAGACACCUAAUUAUACUGAUAAUCAACAUAUAGAAAUAACAUUAUUUUGUUGUUUGACAGCAGAAACAAAACGUAUUGUCAGCCAUUGUUGUUUCUUUUGUGUUAAAGGUCCAGUGUGGAGGAUUUAGUUGCAUCUAGCAGUAAAGUUUUAGAUUCCAACUAAAUGAACACCACUUGCGUCUGUAUUGAUAGACCUGGGAACAGGCUGUGUAGUGUGUAAGAAAGGCCCUAUCUACAGUCAGUAUUUGGUUUGUAUGUUCUGGGCUACUGUAGAAACAUGGUGGUUCAACAUGUGAGACUCCAUGGAAGGUGACUCAUGGCAUCUGUAGAUAUAAAAGGCUCAUUCUAAGGUAACAAAAACAUAACAAUUCCAAUAUUCAGACAAUUAUAUGGUAAUGAAAACAUAGUUAUGCACAUGAUAUGCAUAGCUACAUUUUACACACUGGACCUUUCUUGUCACAUUUCACACUGUUAUUAACACUAAUAUCUUCCAAAGAUUCUCAUUAUGGACAUUCAAGAUGGUAGUUUUAACACUACUGGUCAUUUGGAACCAAUAUAUCUGCUCAUAUAGUGCAUUAUACCAUUUUGCUUUACUAUACAUAUUGUUCUAUUUUGAAUUUAAAUGUACAUUCAGAUGUUUUAUUGAGAUUACACUGAUUGUUUUUUGAUCAUUUGUUUGUUUCUGAUAUGACAUGAAGACCUGCAGUGUUUUAGCCAUUAAAUGGUGAUACUACAGAGACCAGACCACAGAUAUGUUGAUAUGUGGUCAUAUAACAUAAACAAAUCUCAUGUCAUGUUUACCUUUAAAGUAUUAACUGAUCAGACAAGUACAGGCAGGAUACUCUGGUGUAUUUCUCCCAGUGUGCCAAAUUGAGUCAAUUCCAGUGUAUCUGCAUAAAUCUGCUUUUGAAAUAAAGUAUUUAUUUUUAUGUUUUA